GCGGCGCAAGAUGGCGGCGUCCGGGGGCUCGGCGGGCGCCGCGGCGCUGAGGGCGCUGGUGCAGCAGUUCACCGCCAUCACCGGUGCCAGCGAGAGCGUGGGGAAGCACAUGCUGGAGGCCUGCAACAAUAACCUGGAGAUGGCUGUCACGAUGUUCCUGGACGGCGGAGGGAUCGCGGAGGAGCCCAGCACCAGCUCCGCGGGGGUGUCGGCUGUGCGCCCGCACACCGAGGAUGAAGUACGAGCUCCAAUUCCUCAAAAGCAGGAAAUUUUAGUAGAGCCUGAGCCCUUGUUUGGAGCCCCUAAAAGACGCAGACCUGCGCGCUCCAUAUUCGAUGGCUUUCGGGAUUUUCAGACAGAAACCAUUCGGCAGGAGCAGGAGCUCCGGAACGGAGGGGCCGUGGACAAGAAGCUCACGACGCUGGCAGAUCUCUUCAGGCCUCCCAUUGACCUGAUGCACAAGGGCAGCUUUGAAACGGCCAAGGAGUGUGGUCAGAUGCAGAACAAGUGGCUCAUGAUAAACAUUCAGAACGUGCAAGACUUUGCCUGCCAGUGUCUCAACCGCGAUGUCUGGAGCAACGAGGCCGUGAAGAACAUCAUCCGGGACCACUUCAUUUUUUGGCAGGUGUACCAUGACAGCGAGGAAGGACAGCGGUACAUCCAGUUCUAUAAAUUAGCAGACUUCCCUUAUGUCUCUAUCCUGGAUCCCAGGACAGGCCAGAAGCUCGUGGAGUGGCACCAGCUGGAUGUGACUUCUUUCCUGGACCAAGUGACUGGGUUCCUGAGUGAGCAUGGCCAGCUGGACGGGCAUUCCACCAGCCCUCCCCAGAAAUGCUCUCGCUCAGAGAGUCUCAUCGAUGCCAGUGAGGACAGCCAGCUGGAAGCUGCCAUCAGAGCCUCCCUGCAGGAGACACAUUUUGAUUCCUCGCAGGCCAAGCAGGAGAGUCGGUCGGAUGAGGAGUCGGAGUCAGAGCUCUUCUCUGGAAGCGAGGAGUUUAUUUCAGUUUGCGGCUCUGAGGAGGAGGAGGAAUCGGAGAUUCCUGCCAAGCUGAGGAAGUCUCCACACAAGGACUUGGGGUAUAAAAAAGAGGAGAGCCGGAGGCCUCAGCCUGAGGCCCCUGCAAGGACUGAGCCUGGGACAACAUCCAACCACAGAGUUGUGCCCUGCAUCGAUGCGGGAACGCCGGAGGAGUCGCCGGACAAGCCUGAGAGUACGUUUCGGGGCCUAGAUGUGAAUGGACCAAAGGCACAGCUGAUGCUGAGGUAUCCAGAUGGAAAGAGGGAACAAGUUUCACUGCCCGAACAAGCUAAACUUCUGGCCCUUGUGAAACACGUCCAGUCCAAAGGAUACCCCAACGAACGCUUUGAACUGCUCACCAACUUCCCCCGGAGGAAACUCUCCCACCUGGACUAUGAGAUCACGUUACAGGAGGCAGGCCUGUGUCCUCAAGAGACUGUCUUUGUGCAGGAAAGGAAUUAGCACUGUGGCCUGAGUUCUCCCAGCCUUCCUCCCCUCUUCCCUUUGCCUGGAACACCGACUUGUUAAAUAUGCAGUUAAGGGUCAUAGGAUUGCAGUGCUGGAAUCAGACAGGCAGCUGACUGGCCCUUCCCUCUCUUCCUCUCUCUUCCUCCCUUCUCCUCUCUCUUCCUCCCUUCUCCUGCUCUACUGACCAAAUGAGAGUGCUCAGAGUUUUAUUUUCUUUCUCAGCUGCGGAGAGCGUUGGGAAGAACAUCUUCCCUCUGCUUUCCUGGGAUAAAGUGAAACGGUGAUCGGUGUGUCCAGCGUGCUGAAGCUUGGAGUGGCCAUAAUACACAAACCCUUCUCGCUGCUAUUCUUAAAUCUGUUUUGUUUAAUUUAUUUUUGAAAACAGUGUGUGAUAAGGCACUGAGUCAUCUCUCUAAGGAGAGAGCGUAAUCUUCAGGACAGUCUUUCCUUUGUUUGGAUUCCCUACAUGAAAGGUGUCCAUUAACCUUCCAGCCUUCUCAAGGGUUCACUUACCCAACACUCUGGUUUUGGGAAGGAGUUGGGUUGAGCUGUGGUAAAGUACUCUGCCCCCAUCUAAUUUAAAAGCUUCUAGGUUGACUUCAUGUUUUCCUCCUGCUUUAAACUGCCAGUGGACAUAGUAAAAAAACCAACCAACCCCCCCAAAAAAGCCAACUGUGCUCUAUUUGAGAUUGACUGUUUGGCCCAGAGGGAAAGCUGUGUGUCCACUGCUGGAGCAGAACUGACUCCUUUGUGGGAGUGGUUGGGUUUUCCAGGUUCUCUUCCCAACAUCCUCAAAGUGUCUUCUUACUUGCUCUCGGGAUUUUGCAAAUGAUUACAGAAGGUGAUACUGUGGAGAUCUGGGACUCUGAAAACACCUGCCACAGACUUGACAGUUAGUUGGCUUUUUUUCCCUUGGCACAGUGUCUUGGUUGGUUUUCCCAGGAGUGACUGGCACGAAUUAAUGCCUCAGAAAAAGCUUCCCAGCCUGGUGGCUUGAACUCUCUGUGAUGAUUUUUAUUCUAUUGCCAUGUUCAUCUACUGUCACUUACCUUUAAGGCUGGGGGGGCUGCAUGGGAAAGCUGCUCCUUUGUUUAGGCUUUCCUUUCAGCUCUGGAAGUUGGCACCAGAAGUCAGUGCCCUGUUUUUCCUCCAGUGUCUUCUGUAGACGUGGAGCUGUUGAUCAUUUGGUGUUUCAGGAGGUGUUACAGUGGGACAGGAGUUAACCAGCACAGCCACCAGGGUGGUUGGUGAAUUUGUGUAUUUACAACUGAAAACUCGAUUUGACGUGCUCUUCCUCAGCGAGGAGAAAGGCAGCUGGGACCUGCCAUAACUGCUGACUUUUUCUGCCCCUCUCAGAUAAUGGUACAUGUUAAAGACUUCAGUAGUCAGAAAUUUACCGUGUUCAAACUUCUCAAGAUAUUUUGCCUUUAGUUUCAUACUAGCCUGGAUACUUAGGAGCCCUUAAAUGUGAGGAAUCACAGAAAAUGUCUUGCGUUCCCCAGGAGAAUUUGAGCUCACAGCUGUCUUCUGCUCAUAAUUGGGUUUGACAUGUAAUCAUGCAGUUGUAUAAAUUGAUUUCCCUUCUACACGAACACUGGCUGCAUUCUACUGCAGGAUGUAGUGUCAGAAAAGCAAAAUCUGACCCCAGUUUCCUGAUCAGUAUCACCAGAUGACAUUUUGGUUUGUAAAGACACCCUGUCAUGGAAGCAGCUCCCAGCGUGGGACAGUGAGGUGCCAGGGCAGCAGAGGAGAGGGGGGUUGUGUUUGGCCUGUGAAGCAGCAGGGACACCUCUGGACUGAAGGAUCCUUUAGUUUCUGGGAUAUCCAGAUCCAUAACUUGUGUUUCCAUGUAGAUCUAGUGCUUCCUGAAGCAGCUGUGUAGCUGGAAUAAUUCACUGUUUGCUGCUCCUCCAUGGUCAGCCCCAGGCAGGUGAAGGCAGCUGCCAACAGGAGGCAGAACCCAACAGGUGUAGAGUGACAGCCCCUCGUGUCCCUUGGGCAGUGGGAGCACAGGGACCUUCCCUGCUCUCCUGCCCGUGCACCCUUGGUGGUUCCAGGGUCCUCUCUGCGUUGUGGCUGCUUGGCUGUGUUGGCUGGUGGAGGCCUAGCUCAGUUUGGACAGGCCUGGCUUUGCAUCCCCUCUGGGGAUGUUGUCCCGCAGCAGCUUUCCUGUGGUUAGAUGUGCAGAAUUGACUCUGCCCUCUCACUCCCAGGUCUGGUUUAUGGGCAGCUUCUCUCCCCCAGCCCCUCCCUGGUGUGUACUCACCUACUCACUGGGCUGUGAGCUCUGUGAGGACACCAGGAGUUGCUCUAGCAGGGAAAGAAGAACAUGAAGUUGAAGAUUUACAUUGAAAUGGGAUUUUUCUCCCAUCUUUUGGUUUCUAGUAGUUUGUUCUGUUCCGAGAAAUCAUGAUCCUUGCUUUUUGUUGUUGUUGUUGGUUUCUGUGGCACAAUGUGUUUUUUCUAUCAGUUUUUCUUUUGCUUUGCUUUGAGAGCAAGAGACAGAGAAAAGAAUGUUUAGGGAAUGUGUGUCCCUACACGUGGCUCUUUUCUCCCUUCAUUCCUCUCCCCUCUCUCCCUUCUUCCCAACCCAAAUAACACCCAGUGCUGUGGCACAUGUGUCAGUCAGCUGUGCUGUGGGGCCUGAAAGCUGUUAAGAAACAGCACCAGCCAGGAUACAACCCCUUCAGAUCUUCAUCCCCGUUGAAGCCCUUGGGAGGAUGUGUUUUGCUGUCCUGAGGAACGGGGGUGAAAACAUGAACCAAGCUGUGGCUGGGACAGCAGCGAAGGUGAGGGCUCGUUGGACACUAUUUAAAGAGCCUUUGCAACAGUCACUUCUGGAUGUGAAAUCUGCAGCUCAAACUGCCUUUGACAGGCUGGAAAAAAUGCCUUAGAUCUGGUUGUGAAAUAAGAUCUUGACAUACAAAGGACAAAGGAAACAAAUCCUUUAAUGGCUGUGAUUUGUGGCUUCUGGUGGGUGUUGCUUGGUCAGAAUUUGCAUGUGGUGUUGCAAGGGCUGGGUUUGGAGGAGCAGCAGUGCAUGUAGGCAGUGGAGGCUUUUCUGGGCAGAGAACUCAUCAGGGCUAUUUCCUCUGCCUGUGCUCUUCAUCCCACAGGGCUUCGUUUUGGGAUUUGAUGUCCAAUAGUCCCAGUCACAGCCUGGAUUCACAAACAGAAGGUGAAAUGAGCACUGGCUUUCCCUGCCAGGUGCUGCUGACACAUUUACUGCCCACUUGUGAUCCUUCAGAGGUCCACAAAAGGAUUUUGGAUCUUCCUGAUGCCACAUGCUCUUAAGUCAAGCUGGUUGACCAGCUUCAGCCUUACAGCAUGAUGUCAAAAGGGCAGGUGAAGGCUGUGCCAAACAUUUCUGGUCAUACUUGGGUUAUUUUUGUUAGGCUUUCAAUUAAGGUCUGUGAUUUUUACAAUUUCUGACAUUGAAGUGUGUUGCUUUUCCUGAUAAAUCAGCUCCGUUAACACCACCAAUAUUAAAGGAAUGUCCAGUAUGUGCACAUAGCCUUGUAAGGUAUAGUGGGCUAUAAAAGGCAUUCAAAGGUACUGUUGUUCCUAAGGAGAUUUAAACAAGAAUUUUCCAUCAGCUCCUCCCAGAGCUCCCUGACCUUUUGCCUCUCUGUUACGGGGAGGUGACACCUCUGCUCUGUCCAGCUUGUGUUUCACAAGGUCCACGUCCUUCAGAGCCACGUUUUCUAAAGAUUACCAAAUUUGUUCACUCACCUGCACCAGCUUCUGCAGCUCCCCCUUCUGCCAGUGCUGUGGUUUGUGCCCUUGCAGAACCUGGGUUUAGUUCAGGUUUUAAUAACUCCACCUCCCUGCUGAAGGGUCUCAAAUUCCUGUUCCUCCCGGAGCACUGAGCUUGUUCACGGGGACUUGAGCAACAAGGGCUAAACUAAAACCAAUUUUCUUUUGGGGGCAAAGCAUCACUUGGGCUGUGUUUUGUCAGGUACCAAACACUGCAGAGAUGCAGAACCGUGGUGUUUGUGGUUGUUUGUCUAAACCACAUAAAAACAGAUUAUGAACAUAGAGACCUGUGUGGGAAUGUCGGUGCAAGUGGAAAGAUCUGUGUCAUUUCAGGAACUUGUCACUUAAUUUUUAUUCCUUUUUGGUUUGUAUUAAAUGUCACUGCUUUCUUCUGGUUUAAUCCCUUUUUGAUCAAGUUGAUAAAACAGGUGGUCUUGUAUUCCAAAAGGAGAAGGGGUGGCAGAGAUGUGCUUUUGGUGGGGGAAGAGCAAAGUCGCUGUCCCAUAAGAACGGGCUGUGCCUCGUCUGGCUGUUCUAAUAGAUUCAGAUCCAGCCUCUGCUCUCCCUCACCCUUUCUAUUUAUUUAUUUUAACAAAUUAUGUUCUACAAACCGAACAGCUCCUGUUUCAAAGACAAAGCAAACUGACCUUGAGCCCUGCGUUGGCCAUCUGGGUCGCUGGAAGUGCCCACGGGUGUGUUUGGAUUUGGAGCUGGGAAGGUUAAUGGAUACCCUUUCUGUGAUGACUUUUAUUCCUGUCUCCUCUUGUCCAUGAGAUGCUUGGUGUCUGUCCACUCCCAAUAAAUAGAGCCAUAUGUACAUACACACACGUGUUCUGAAUCGGAGAGCGCGGCACUCAGCAUCGGUGCCUCAGCCUGCCUUGGGGUUAUCCGGGGUUUUCCAUGGGUACCUUGUGAGUGAUGGCAGAAAUCCAGGACUUGGUCACUGGCUUUAGUUGCUGUGAGUGUCUGCAGUACAGAGAAAAGUCAUUGUGUAACUGCUUGUGAAAUGGUGCUGAGAUUUAAGGCGUGGAAGGAUCCAGGAACUGUCUGCAGAGCAGGGGACGAGGUGCUAUUUUAUAGACCAGAUUUAUAUGAAGAACCUCUGGGUAAAACUCAGCUCAGAGACGUGGUGCCUCGUCACAGACACCACACUCUAGGACAGAUGAUUUUUUUUUUUUAAAAUGAGGCUGUUUCCUCGAACUGGGGAACAUCCAGUUUGAAGUUACAACUUUUUACAACGGUCGCUUUCUUCUUCAGUGAUGUCGACUUCACACGGGAGGAGGGAGAGGAUUCAUUUGGAAGAUUUCAGCUCACUGUGCUGGGAGGGACCAAACUCAAGGAAACCUCUGAUCUAUAUACACAACUGCUGCAUUUUUUAUAAAUAUAUGUAAAUGUCCUAUUGUAAUAUUUGAUCCUGGAAAUAAAACAAACUGUUUUCAGUA